AUUCUUCUAGCUUCUGCUUAUACACAGUGAUGGCUGACAGCAGGCAUAAUCUUCGUUUGCUUGGCACGUUGUCACCAUGCAACUCAACGUGUUUUGCAAGGAAUGAUCGUGACACACCAUCUCUGGGAGAUACUAUGAGGACAUCCGGCUAUUUCUUGGAAGAAUUUUCUGUCUACCUUCUUUGAGCCCUGUUGUGCCAGCACAUCUCCCCAUGAGGCUCAGAUCUGUCUGACCUAAGAGCCAGUUGGCAUCGUCCUCCUAACAGAAGCCAGAUUUUCACUGGGGCUAGACUAUUUAUUGACAGUGUUUUCCCAGACUGGCCCAUGAGUGUCUCAUUUCCAAGGUCCCCUGAAGUGCUGGCUCACCUCUGUUUCCCAAAGCACUUGCUUGCUUGUCUCUCCUCCCUCCCCAGCAUCCUUUUCACUUUCUUCCCUUAUAACUUCUUGCACUCUGUGUGCGUGUGUGUAUGCGUGUGUGCAUGUGCGUUUCUUCUUUUUUUUUAUCCUAACGAAUUUGUUUUGCAGGUUUUGAAAAGGAAAAACCAGCGUUAUCCAGGAUUGUUAAAUUAAUUCUUAUGUGUUUCCACAUCUUGGACCGUGAUCUCUGUGGUUUUAAAAUCCCAUAUUUUGAGUGGGUUCCGCUGUUGUUUAAGAAAAGUUGCUUUAAACCUUUGCUCUGCAAGCACCCGAAGAGAACUCAUAAAAAGGAAGACAACAGCAGAUGCAAUCGCGGAUGUGGCUUAGUCCUUGCAGCUGCCCCAGAGUGCUGUUUGGAGUGUACCGUCCUCAGUAAUGAAUCCAGAAGAACAAAUCGUGACAUGGCUUAUAUCUUUGGGAGUUUUAGAGUCCCCUAAAAAGACCAUCUGUGAUCCGGAGGAGUUUUUAAAGUCCUCGCUGAAAAAUGGGGUAGUUCUGUGCAAACUGAUCAACAGACUCAUGCCUGGCUCUGUGGAAAAGUUUUGUCUGGAUCCCCAAACUGAAGCUGACUGCAUCAACAACAUCAAUGACUUCCUGAAAGGAUGUGCAACCCUCCAAGUGGAAGUAUUUGAUCCUGAUGACCUUUAUUCAGGGGUCAAUUUCUCCAAGGUACUGAGUACUCUUUUAGCUGUCAACAAAGCAACAGAAGAUCAGCUAUCAGAAAGACCAUGUGGACGUUCCUCUUCUCUUAGUGCUGCUAAUACUUCUCAGACAAACCCACAGGGAGCAGUUUCUAGCACAGUUUCAGGGCUGCAAAGGCAGUCAAAGACAGUGGAGAUGACGGAAAAUGGAAGUCAUCAGUUGAUAGUAAAAGCAAGAUUCAACUUUAAGCAGACUAAUGAGGAUGAACUGUCAGUUUGUAAGGGGGACAUCAUUUACGUCACACGAGUUGAAGAAGGAGGCUGGUGGGAAGGCACAUUAAAUGGGAGAACAGGCUGGUUCCCCAGUAAUUAUGUCCGUGAAAUUAAAUCCAGUGAGAGACCUCUCUCCCCAAAAGCCGUCAAAGGAUUUGAAACUGCUCCACUUACCAAGAAUUAUUAUACUGUGGUGUUACAGAACAUCCUGGACACUGAAAAAGAAUAUGCUAAAGAACUUCAGUCUCUUCUUGUUACUUACUUAAGACCCCUGCAGUCCAAUAACAAUCUGAGUACUGUGGAGGUUACAUCUUUACUGGGAAACUUCGAGGAAGUAUGCACAUUUCAACAGACACUCUGCCAAGCCUUGGAAGAGUGUUCAAAGUUUCCAGAAAACCAGCACAAAGUAGGAGGUUGUCUACUGAGUCUCAUGCCUCAUUUUAAAUCUAUGUAUCUGGCUUACUGUGCAAACCAUCCUUCAGCUGUAAAUGUGCUCACUCAGCACAGUGAUGAGUUGGAACAAUUCAUGGAAAAUCAAGGUGCAUCGAGCCCAGGUAUCCUCAUUUUAACAACAAGCCUCAGCAAACCAUUCAUGCGACUGGAGAAAUAUGUUACUCUCUUGCAAGAGUUAGAACGGCAUAUGGAGGAUACUCAUCCAGAUCAUCAGGAUAUUCUGAAAGCAAUCGUAGCAUUCAAAACUCUCAUGGGGCAAUGUCAAGAUCUGAGGAAGAGAAAACAGCUGGAGUUACAGAUACUGUCUGAACCUAUUCAGGCAUGGGAAGGAGAAGAUAUUAAAAACUUGGGAAAUGUGAUUUUUAUGUCACAAGUAAUGGUGCAGUAUGGAGCAUGUGAGGAAAAAGAGGAGCGGUACCUUAUGUUAUUUUCAAAUGUCCUGAUAAUGUUAUCUGCAAGUCCUCGGAUGAGUGGCUUUAUCUAUCAGGGAAAAAUACCAAUAGCAGGAACGGUGGUGACUAGAUUAGAUGAAAUUGAAGGGAAUGACUGCACAUUUGAAAUCACUGGUAACACAGUGGAGAGAAUUGUGGUCCAUUGUAACAACAACCAGGACUUCCAGGAAUGGUUGGAGCAGCUGAACAGACUGAUCAGAGGACCUGCCUCUUGCAGUUCAUUAUCCAAAACCUCAUCGUCAUCAUGUAGUGCUCAUUCCACAUUUUCCCAGUCUUUUAGCUCUACCGGACAGCCCCGAGGACCCUUGGAGCCUCCUCAAAUUAUAAAACCGUGGAGUUUAAGUUGUCUACGACCUGCACCUCCACUUAGACCAUCAGCAGCACUAGGUUAUAAAGAGAGGAUGUCUUAUAUCUUAAAGGAGUCUAGUAAAAGCCCUAAAACGAUGAAGAAAUUUCUUCAUAAAAGGAAGACUGAGAGAAAACCAUCGGAGGAGGAAUAUGUGAUUAGGAAAAGUACAGCUGCUCUGGAAGAGGAUGCUCAAAUCCUUAAAGUGAUCGAAGCCUACUGCACCAGCGCAAAUUUUCAACAAGGCCAUGGCUCAAGUACUCGAAAAGAUUCCAUUCCACAAGUCCUACUCCCUGAGGAAGAGAAACUCAUCAUUGAAGAAACCAGAAGCAACGGCCAGACCAUCAUGGAAGAAAAGAGCCUUGUUGAUACUGUUUACGCCUUGAAGGAUGAGGUCAAAGAACUGAAGCAGGAAAAUAAAAGAAUGAAGCAAUGCCUGGAAGAAGAAUUGAAAUCAAGAAGGGACCUAGAAAAGCUGGUGCGGAGGCUUUUGAAGCAAACAGAUGAGUGUAUUCGAGGUGAAAAAGCAGGAAGUGGUGGUAGAGAUGGCCUCAGAGUCUUUUCCAUUCAGUAAGAAAGAGAAAGGGAAUGCAGGCCAGUUACUUAAAAGGUCUUCAGAUUGCCUUCAGUUCACAGUGCCUCUGCAACAGCCAUUGCCCUCAGGUCACAUUCUUUGGGCUGGCUGCCCUUGCAAAGCAGCUGGCCAAGGCUUAUUAAAUGUGAACCCAACUUUUCCCCCAGUGCUUUCCUGUACCUGCAAGCCUCUUAGUACUUAAUUUACCGAAGGCAAAUCUUCCAGACUAUGGCUUGAGUAGGAUGAAAGACAAACACAUCUGCCCAAUGAUCCAGCUGCCCUUCCUUAGACCAUCACAUGCCUCCCCUCAAUCACAGGUUUUAAAAUUACUGCCCUAUGUUGUCUAUAAGACCAAGAAAACUGUAGUACCCUUAUUCCUUUUGUGUCAUGUAAAUUGUAACUCAGGGGGGCAGAAGCUCUGGUCACCCACACCAACACCAAAUCCAUCAGCAAAUUCUACUGGACAAUCCUCCCUUUUAGUAGCAGAGUUGACCGCCUUUUCCCAUUGCAUGAUAGGUUUCUUUCCCUCAUUCUGCCUAGUGUGUAAGUUUUCUAUUUCCCCAGUGCUUUUAGCCAACCUUACCAAGUGGUGUGUAAACUAGUAUGUAUGUGCUUUGCUUACUUUUUAAAAAAAUGUAGUUAGACUGUGAGGAGUUACUUUAUGUAUGCUGCAUAUUCAAACUGUGAUGUUUUAUCCUUCAAAACAAUCUGCAUUAAGAAGAUAUUGUGCCCUAGUAGACAGCUUUCAUUCACUUUAUUACUCUCUCAUAUAUGCUGUGAGAAGUUGUAAUAUUAAUUGGCCUCUUUGGGUGGGACUCUAAGCAGUAUUUGCAGAAAUAUGCUUCUGGUCCAAUUUGUACAUCCAGAACAAAAGGGCCCCUCUAGUAGCUGUGUGCUGGAUUAUUCGGGACUGAUUAACUCAAGUUGCUCAUUGAAUCACAUCAUCCAUUUUAUCCCAGAAACUAGAACUGUGAGAAACCAGGUUUAGAAGACAGUCACAGAACAGCACACAUCCAAAUUCAGCGCCAUUGAAAGUUGGCCUAAGGCUCAGUGCCACUCACCCCUCCCUCCCCAAAAGACAAGAGAAAUUUGGCCAGAUGGGGAAGGUCACUGGAAAUUGAGGCCAAAGGGCUGAUCAGAAUUGCCUUUAUAAUAUAUUUGAUGGAUGCCUAUAAAUGUGGGUUUUGCAAAUGUUGUUUAAAAACCAAACUUGAAGCCAGGCAUGGUGGCCCACACCUGUGGUCCCAGCUACUCAGGAGGCUGAGGUGGGAGGAUCAUUUGAGCCCAGGAGGUCAAGGCUGCAGUGAGCUGUGAUGACACCACUGCACUCCAACCUAGGUAACAGAGAGACACCUCUGUCUCUGAAAAAACAAAACUUGAAGUUUGAAACCCCCAGCUUGCUGAGGAGCCCUUUUUAUUUUUGGUACUGAGAGUCUCAAGGUCCCAUAGCUACAUGGUACAGGGCUGUUGUCUGCUUGCUGCACAGCAGAAAUUACACCAUCCACAGGAAAUGGACUAUUCUUGCAGUCCAACAUCAGCCAACCACACACAGCCGUGUUUGGAAGCUGAAGAGUAAAGAAAUUUCUAGGAAUGGCUGUUGUUCUGUUUUUUAGCACAGCCAUUUAGAUAUAACAUCCUUCACUUAAAAAUUAAAAACAUCAGUACUACCACCACCAACAACAACAUCAACACAGAUCUUCACAUCUGCCCAUUCUGUGGUUAGUCAAUGGCUUGCAAUAAAUGUGCAAACUGCAUCUAUAGGAAACAUUUUUGUGAUUACGGAAUACUUUAGUUGAUUGCUGAAAAUAUUGAAAGGUCUUCAUUUUACAGUGAUGAGUACAUAUGCAUGUUUCGGGGACUAGGCCCUUCUGAUGAGGGGCCCUUGGUACUCUGGAUAACGAAGCUUGUGCAGAGUGGUAACCAUGCUUACACACUAAACUAUAAUAUAAAGGAAAUGAAGCCAUGUUAAUCUGAGAGCAGUGUCGCCAUAGUUGUGUUGUUUACAAUACUCUAUAAAUGGGUUCCUGUUGCCCUGUAAUUAAACUGCUGCCCGUAGAGGCCUUUCAGUUCCUUUUCUGUCCUGUCCCUUCUUAACACAAGCUCAAAUUUUCUAACUUGUUUUUAUUUUGAAGACUUUUAAAAUGGACAUUUUCAAUACAUAAAAAUAAACAGUGCUUUAUAAAAA